AGCUUUGUUUCCCAAACAACGACAAAAUUAACAAAUUAGUUAUUUUUGACAGGUUUGAAAAAAAAUCACAAGAAGUUUGAGUUAUGAUGGCAGUGAACAAAGUAAAUAGUGUAACGGCGGAUUUCGAAGUUUUUGGAAAAGUGCAAGGAGUAUUCUUCAGGAAGUUUACGCAAAAGAAAGCAUUAGAACUUGGACUUAAGGGAUGGGUAAUGAAUACGGCGCAAGGAACUGUUAUAGGUCAACUUCAAGGACCCUCGACUGCUGUUGAUGACAUGAAGCUUUGGUUACAAAAGGUCGGAAGCCCAAAAUCUAAGAUCGAGAAAGCGGCGUUCAGGAAUGAGGGAAAUAUUAAAUGCUGCGCUUUUAGGACAUUUGAAAUACGUAAAUGAUUGUAUAUUCAAAUUAAAUAGCUAAAACUCGGACUUCAUUGGUACACCUUUUACUGACGAUAAAUAAAUAUAUAUGUAAUAA